AUGAAAGGGCAGGGGGCAGUGAGGGCUUCAGUCGACAAUUAAAAACAAAAGCAAAAACAACCGAACCAAACAAAACAAACCUCCAAACCCAAAAUAAAACAAAAAGAGAAUAACCCGGUUCCUAUUUGCACCUGCUUCAGUGGACACUGAAUUUGGAAGGCAGAGGGUUUUCCUUGUUUUUGUUUUGUUUCCUUCAAGACUUGGGCAUCUUUUGACUCAACCCUCCCAAGAUUUCAGGAACAGACUGUGAGCCUAGCAGGGCAGAUCGUGUCCAGCGCGUGUUUUCCUGGGCAGGAGACUUCGAGGCUGUCAGAGUGCUGUUGCGUGGUUAUUCCUGCAAGUUUCCUUCCCAGGAGCUUCCCGCAGGUGGGCAGUUAGCUGCAGUGACUACCGCAUCGCAGCCUGUUGAACUCUUCUCAGCCAGAGAAGGGGAAGCGGAAUAAAGGAAUUAGGCGGAAGAGUCAGCCAAGCUCAAGAAUGGAGGUACAGUUAGGGCUAGGGAGGGUUUACCCCCGGCCGCCGUCCAAAACCUAUCGAGGAGCUUUCCAGAACCUGUUCCAGAGCGUGCGCGAAGUGAUCCAGAACCCGGGCCCCUGGCACCCUGAGGCAGCGAGCGCAGCACCUCCCGGCGCCCGUUUGCAGCAGCAGCAGCAGCAGCAGCAGCAGCAGUCGCCGCAGGAGAUCGGUCCUCGGCAGCAGCAGCAGCAGCAGCAGCAGCAGCGUCAGGGUGACGAUGGCUCUCCCCAAGCCCAGAGCAGAGGCCCCACAGGCUACCUGGCCCUGGACGAGGGACAGCAGCCAGCCCCCAAGGGCCAUCCGGAGACCGGCUGCGUUCCAGAGCCUGGAGUGGCUUCAGCCACCGGCAAGGGGCUGCAGCAGCAGCAGCCAGCACCACCGGACGAGGAUGACUCAGCUGUCCCAUCCACGUUGUCCCUGCUGGGCCCCACUUUCCCGGGCUUAGGUAGCUGUUCCACCGAUCUUAAAGACAUCCUGAGCGAGGCCGGCACCAUGCAACUCCUUCAGCAGCAGCAGCAGGAGGUAGUAGUAUCGGAAGGUAGCAGCAGCGGGAGAGCGAGGGAGGCCGCUGGUGCUCCCACCUCCUCCAAGGACAGUUACCUAGGGGGUAGUUCGACCAUCUCGGACAGCGCCAAGGAGUUGUGUAAGGCAGUGUCGGUGUCCAUGGGCUUGGGUGUGGAGGCAUUGGAGCAUCUGAGUCCUGGGGAACAGCUUCGGGGGGAUUGCAUGUACGCCCCGCUCCUGGGAGGUCCACCCGCUGUACGUCCUUGCGCCCCGCUGGCCGAAUGCAAAGGUUCUCUGCUGGAUGACGGGCCAGGCAAGGGCACCGAAGUAACUGCUGAGUAUUCCCCUUUCAAGGCAGGUUAUGCGAAAGGAUUGGAUGGCGACAGCCUGGGUUGUUCGGGCAGCGGUGAAGCAGGGGGCUCCGGAACACUUGAGCUGCCAUCCACCCUUUCUCUCUACAAGUCUGGAGCACUAGAUGAAGCGGCAGCUUGUCAGAGUCGCGACUACUACAACUUUCCGCUCGCCCUAGCCGGGCCGCCGCCCCCUCCGCCACCUCCCCAUCCUCACACCCGUAUCAAGCUGGAAAACCCGCUGGACUAUGGCAGCGCCUGGGCGGCUGCGGCGGCACAAUGCCGUUAUGGGGAUCUGGCGAGCCUGCAUGGCGGGGGUGCAGUGGCACCCAGCUCAGGCUCACCCUCGGCCACCGCCUCCUCUUCCUGGCACACUCUCUUCACAGCAGAAGAAGGCCAGCUGUACGGGCCCUGCGGCGGGAGCGGAGGCGGCAGCGCUGGUGAGGCAGGGUCUGUAGCCCCCUAUGGCUACACUCGGCCACCUCAGGGGUUGGCAGGCCAAGAAGGUGACUUCCCUCCACCUGAUGUGUGGUAUCCCGGCGGUGUGGUGAGCAGAGUGCCCUAUCCGAGUCCCAGUUGUGUCAAAAGCGAGAUGGGCCCCUGGAUGGAGAGCUACUCCGGACCGUAUGGGGACAUGCGUUUGGAGACUGCCAGGGACCAUGUUCUACCCAUUGACUAUUACUUUCCACCCCAGAAGACCUGCCUGAUCUGCGGUGAUGAAGCUUCUGGCUGUCACUAUGGAGCUCUCACUUGUGGAAGCUGCAAAGUCUUCUUUAAAAGAGCCGCUGAAGUGUCCUCUUCACUCCCUGGCUUUUUGAGUAACAUUUCCCAGGGACAAAUUAAGUAUGCUAGAAAGAUCUGCUUGCAGCUUCAACAGAGCCUUGAUCAGAAUCUCUUGGUAAUUGUGAAACUGUGUGUGGUAGAUCUUUGCAGUUUGGCUUCUGUUGAAAGGGUAAAUGUUAGAACCUCAUUUUCUCCAAAGGCAACGGCUCUCAGCAUUUCAAGUAAGCAGGUGAGCUUGUACCUGCCAGAAGAGUGUAGAGAAGAAGAAACUUCCUCCUAUACAAAAGAAGAAACAGAUUUGGGAGGUGAAUGA